UGCUCGGUCGUCGUGCCAUGCAAAGCGACAGCCCUGCCACGGACUUCGCCGUCCUCAAGAGUCCUCGCGGCGAUGGUGGCUCCUUCCCCGACCUCGCGGAGCAUCCCCACCCCAUCGACAACGCCAACGUCCUCUCGAAGGCCAUCUUUGGGUGGGCCAGCGCGCUCAUUCGUCAAGGUAACCAGCGCCAACUCCACCCCCAAGACAUGUGGCCUCUCCAAGCGUACAACAAGGCCCGAGCACUCGCGUCCACGUACGCCAUCGUGUACGCGAGCUGCGGCAAGAGCCUCCUCCGCGCCUUCUUCUCCAUCUACUGCGUCCAGCUUGUCGUCGUGGCGUUCAUGCAACUCUUCACGGCGGCGUGCGACCUCUACGGACCCGCGUACGUGCUAAAGAGCGUGGUCAAGGCCGUGCAGCAACCCGUCUUCGACCCCACCGCGACGUCCCUCAUGGCCCUCUCGCUCUACGGCAUCCAGGUCGUGAGUACGUUUGUGAAGGCCCAUAUGAAGUUUAUGAACGACGUGAUCGGCGUCCAGUUCGCAUCCAGCCUGCGCUCGAUGCUGUUUGAGAAGGCGCUCAAGCUGAACGCCAAGUCGAAGAAGGAAAAGUCCGCGGGCGACAUCGCCAACCUCUUUUCCACGGACGUCAUCAACGUCAUGGAGUUUGCCACCAACAUGAACUUGAUUUGGAUCGUGCCGGUGCAGGUCGCGGUCGUGCUCUACUUGCUGUACGUCCAGGUGGGGUGGUCCAUCUUUGUGGGCCUCGCCGCCGUGUUUGUCAUUCUCGUCGUCAACGCAUUCGUGGCCAUCCUGCUCGGGAAGGAGCAGGAGGUGCUAUUCAAGGCCAAAGACGACCGCAUGAAGGUCGUCCACGAAGUGUUUGGGGCCAUCCAAAUCGUCAAGUUCAACGCGUGGGAAGAGAAAUUCCUGGACAAGCUCACGGAGCUCCGUCUCGCCGAGCUCGUCUCGAUCUGGAACUUUAUGCGGUACUACCUCGUCCUCAUCAUGUUUAUGUUUACCACGCCCGUGUUGGUGACGAUCACUGUCUUUGCCACGUACACCCUGUGGAUGAACGAGGCGCUGACUGUCGAGAUUGUCUUUACAACUCUGGCGUUGUUCAAGUCGCUCCAAGACGCCCUCAUCAGCCUCCCCGUCGUUGUCAUGGCGACCGUGCAGUGCUUUGUCUCGGUGACGCGCAUCAACACAGUGCUGCUCAUGGACGAGUGCGACCCGUCCGAUGUGCAGACGCCGGCGACCAACGCCGUGCUCAAGGCCAAGUACGCCGCUGACCACACCGUGAUCGCGUUUGAGCACGGGUCGUUUGGGUGGCACCCGGCACCCGCCACAGACACCACCACGGACGCGACUGCCAAGGUCGGUCGAGCGGAGGCUGUCGACCCCAACGCCAAGGCUGCCACCUCCCCCGAACCCCACUCGGUCCUUUUCGCAGACGUCAACCUGACCAUCCAGCAAGGUCAAUUCGUCGUGAUUCACGGCGCCGUCGGUCAAGGCAAGUCGUCCUUGUGUGCGGCGCUGCUCGGCGAGAUGCGCCGACUGGACGGGUCGGUCUUUGUGGCCGGCGACGUCGCGUACUUUGCCCAGCAGCCGUGGAUCCAAAACGCAACCAUCCGAGACAACAUCCUGUUUGGCAAGCCGUUCGACGCCGCCAAGUACGCGAGUGUGGUCGAAGCGUGCGCGCUGACCAAGGACAUCGCGGCGCUCCCUGCCGGGGACCGCACCGAGAUCGGCCAGAAAGGCAUCAACCUGUCGGGGGGACAGAAGGCCCGCGUGAGCUUGGCCCGCGCGUGCUACAGUGACGCCGAAAUCUUUGUGCUCGACUCGCCGCUGUCGGCCGUCGACGCGAUCGUGCAGAACGAGAUCUUCACCAAGUGCUUCCUCGGCCUCCUGCGCCACAAGACGAUCGUCCUGGUUACCCACAGCCACGACAUCAUCCAGUCACCCCACGUCCACCGAACGUUCGUCGUCCAAGACGGGACCGUCACCGAGUCGACCCGCCGCACCACGACAUCACCGAAACCCGUCCCGGCACCAACGUGUAUCGCCCCUCUGCGCCCCCCGACUGCAUACUGGGCGGUGGAUGCCCACGACUCUGUCGACGACUUGGUGCUUUGCGGCGACGACAGCGACUGCCGCAAACCCAGUGCUGCAGCACCUUUGACCAGUGGCACCCUCGUCGUGGACGAAGAGCGCGCCGAAGGCCGCGUGUCCAAAGCGGUCGUGGUCGAGUACAUCCGAGCGAUCGGUGGGUGGUCGUCGAUGGUCGUGAUGGUUGUCCUCACGCUCGCCGUCGAAGCGAUCAAGGUCACGAGCGACAUGUGGCUCUCGCACUGGUCCAACCAAAGCACGCAGCUGUCACCGGCCGCGUUCCGCGCCGAGACCAACCACAACAUCACAAUCUACGCCAUUCUGGUCGUCGCCACGUGCAUCGCGACCGUCGUGCAGAUCCUGUCGGUGCUCCUCUACGGCAUGCGUGGCGCCAAGAAGCUGUUUGCCGACAUGGUGCAGGGUCUGCUGGCGGCGCCCAUGGCAUUCUUCGACACGAACCCGAUCGGACGCAUUCUGAAUCGGUUCGGGGACGACGUCAUGCAAGUGGACCUGGCGAUUCCGUUCACGUUUGCGCCGAUCCUGGUCGAGACGGCCGCCGCCAUGACCAAGAUCGUCACCACGAUCGCCAUCACGCAGUGGAUGGGGCUCGUCGUCGUCCCCCUCAUGGCGAUCUACUACGUGCUCGGCGCGUACUUUUUGGCCCCGCUGCGCGAAGUCAAUCGUAUCCAAAAGACGACGCGGUCGCCGCUCUUGAGUUUGGUCAGCGAAGGCAUCGACGGGUCCACGACCAUCCGCGCGUUCGGGCCCAAGUACGUCCGUCGAUUCAACCGCGUCCACGACGCCCUCCUCGAAGCAUUCGUGUCGGCUCGUUUCGUCGGCAUCGCGACCAACCAGUGGUUUGGUCUGCGCGUCGAGCUCAUCAGUUGCUCGAUUGUGUUUGCCCUCUUGAUGGGCAUCGUCGUCAUGCAUGACGUCGUGAGCCCAGGCCUGGUCGCGCUCGUUAUCACGUACGGCUUGACCAUUCCAGCCAACUUGGCGGGACUCGUCAACAUUUGGGCGCGCAUGGAGACGGCGCUGAUCGCUCCCGAGCGCCUGCACGAGUACAUCCAACUGACCAAGGAAGGGGACCGUCACACGGGCUUGGACAAGGCCGACCCGUCGUGGCCAGCCCACGGACACGUCCACUUUGACCACGUGAGUUACCGGUACAAGGCGACCGACCCGCUCGUGCUGCAAGACGUGAGCUUCUCCGUGGCUGGCGGCGAAAAGGUCGGCAUCGUUGGCCGCACCGGCGCCGGCAAGUCCAGCUUGAUGAUGUCGCUGUUCCGCAUGAACGACGUCGCGGCCGGCCACAUCCGCAUCGACGGCGUCGACAUUGCCGACGUUGGUCUCCACAACCUACGCAGCCACCUGGCCAUCAUCCCGCAAAACCCCGUCCUCUUCAAGGGCACGCUGCGCAACUACCUCGACCCGUUCGACGAGUACGACGACGACGACCUGUGGCAAGCGCUCAAGAAGGUGCAGCUUGUCGACCGCGUCGCCGCCGACAAGCUGCUCGGACCGGUGGACGAGAACGGAGAAAACUUUAGUGUCGGCGAGCGCCAGAUGCUGUGCAUGGCCCGCGCGUUGUUGCGGCAGGCCAAGAUCGUCAUUCUCGACGAGGCCACAGCGGCCAUCGAUCGCGCCACGGACCAGCUCCUGCAGCAAGUCGUGCGGUCCGAGUUUGCGUCGUCCACGGUGCUCACGAUCGCCCACCGCCUCGACACGGUCCUUGACUGCGACCGCAUCCUCGUGUUUGACCAAGGCCGGUUGGUCCAGAAUGACACUCCCGCGGCCCUCGUUGGCGCCGGUGCCGGCAUCUUCUUUGACCUCGUCACGGAAGGCGGGUACGUCCUCGCCAAAUAGCGAUCGCCACAGCGUCGUAUUUAAUGCAUUCGUUUCCGUUUUUUGGAGC